AUGACACUAUCUAUAAUAGAGAGCACCAAAUAUUGGCUAUCAGAGCACCCGUCAAUUGUAAACUUCCGAUGGAGCUCCACUCAAUCAUGGGGUUCCACUUGGUCUUUUCUCCUCUCCGCCAUCGCUAUCUACAUCCUUGUCGCCGCCGCCCUCCACCUUAUUCUCUCCCUAAUUCUCCGUCGUAACCGCCGUGUUCCGCUUGGCCCAAUCCCUGCAAUACACAGCCUAGCAACGGCGAUGGUAUCGGUUGUGAUUUUUGUUGGCAUUCUUCUCUCUACUGCUGCCGAGAUUCGUGACACGCGCUGGUUCUGGCGGCGUACCAAGACCACCACCGCUUUCCAGUGGCUCCUCUGCUUCCCUCUCGGCACCCGCCCCUCUGGCCGCGUCUUCUUCUGGUCCUACAUUUUCUACCUUUCUCGAUUCCUUCAUUUAUUCCGUACAUUUUUUACAAUCCUUAAACACCGUAAACUAACAUUCUUUACGUUGUUCAAUCAAUCCAUACUUUUGUUUAUGUCAUUUCUUUGGCUUGAAUUUUCUCAGUCUUUUCAAGUUCUGGCUAUUCUUUUAACAACGUUGUUGUAUUCUGUUGUUUAUGGGUACCGGUUUUGGACAGCAAUUGGGCUGCCAACUGCUUGUUUCCCUUUUGUAGUGAAUUGUCAGGUUGUGUUACUGGGGUGCAAUUUGAUUUGCCAUUUUGGGGUGCUUUUGUUGCAUAUAUUGAAAGGAGGGUGCAAUGGAAUUGGAGCUUGGGGAUUUAAUUCUAUGUUGAAUGCUGUGAUUUUGUUAUUGUUUUUGAAGUUUUACUGGAAAAUGUAUUCGAAGAAGAAGAGAAAGGGCGACUGUUCCAGUGAUUUUGAGGGUUCUUCAAGGCAAUUGCAUUCUGAUAAGGAUUGA